GCCCGGCCUCCUGCGGAGAGGCGGGGAGAAGGGCGGACCCUGGCCUCGAGCCCGCCAAUCACAGCGGGCAGCCCGCGAAAGAGCGGGCGGCCGCGCCAAUCAACACCCGCAGCUGCGGUCUAGCUGAGCAGUUGGCUACAGUUGUUGCAACUUUUUUCAAAAGCUGGGUUUCCCGGGAGAUUCCAGGCGGUGACAGAGCUCGGCCAUGGCUAGAGGCAGGAAGAUGUGCAAGCCCCGCGCGGUGGAGGCGGCGGCAGCGGCGGUGGCGGCGACGGCCCCGGGCCCGGAGAUGGUGGAGCGGAGGGGCCCGGGGAGGCCCCGCAGCGACGGGGAGAACGUGUUUGCUGGACAGUCAAAGAUCUAUGCCUACAUGAGUCCGAACAAGUGCUCUGGAAUGCGCUCUCCACUUCAGGAAGAGAACUCGGUUGCCCAUCACGAGGUCAAAUGCCCCGGGAAACCAUUAGCUGGAAUCUACAGGAAGCGAGAAGAGAAAAGGAACGCCGGGAACGUUAUCCGAAGCGCUGUGAAGUCAGAUGAUCAGAAGAGCAAAGACACCAGGAGAGGUCCCCUGGCGCCUUUUCCAAACCAAAAAUCCGAAGCAGCAGAACCUCCAAAUACUCCACCCCCAUCAUGUGAUUCUACCAAUGUAGCAGUCGCUAAGCAAGCCCUGAAAAAGCCCCUCAAGAGCAAGCAGGCCCCUCGGAAAAAGUCUCAAGGGAAAACCCAGCCAAACAGGAAGCUCACCGAUUUCUACCCUGUGCGGAGGAGCUCCCGCAAGAGCAAAGCGGAGCUGCAGUCUGAAGAAAGGAAGAAAAUAGACGAGCUGAUUGAGAGCGGGAAGGAAGAAGGCAUGAAGAUCGAUCUAAUUGAUGGCAAAGGCAGGGGUGUGAUCGCUACCAAGCAGUUCUCCCGGGGAGACUUUGUGGUAGAAUACCAUGGCGACCUCAUUGAAAUCACUGAUGCCAAGAAGCGGGAGGCCCUGUACGCCCAGGACCCCUCCACGGGCUGCUACAUGUACUAUUUUCAGUAUCUGAGCAAAACCUACUGCGUGGAUGCCACUCAAGAAACAAACCGCCUGGGGAGACUCAUCAAUCACAGCAAGUGUGGGAACUGCCAGACCAAACUGCAUGACAUCGAUGGCGUGCCUCACCUCAUCCUCAUCGCCUCCCGAGACAUCGCAGCUGGGGAGGAGCUCCUGUACGACUACGGGGACCGAAGCAAGGCCUCCAUCGAAGCCUACCCCUGGCUGAAGCACUAACCACGUGGCCUCCCUGCCUCCCUGCCACCCUGCCUCCUUCAAAGGACAAAGUGCCCUGAAAGGGAAAUGAAUUUUUUACACACACACACACACACACACACACACACACACACACACACACACACUUAGCUAAUUACUUCAAAUGUUUUUAAAA